GACACUACUGUUUGCCCACUCGCGUGUCGUCAACGUGACAAUGUCACCGCAGUUCACAGCUCUCGGGUGCUCCGCCCUCCAACAGACAAGCACAAUACCGGCGGCCACCUCCGCCCAUGCAAGACUUGCCCACAACAGCCAUGGCAUCAGAAACGGAGCGAAACUCAUCGCGCCUGGUGAUGCCUCACGCGUGUAUGAGCUGUGCGUCUCGCAGGGUGCGCUGUGAUCGAGGCUCUCCCAAGUGCUCUACCUGCGUGAAACGCGGUGCCGAUUGUGUCUACCAGCGAAUUCCGCCUCGGCCUCGGCGGAAACGGCGUGCGGAAAGCGCGGAGCGCAAGGUAGAACGGUAUGAACGCAUCCUCUCGGAGCAUGGUCUGCUCGAGGACUCCCCGCCCACUGCGAGCGAAUCUGGGCGAACAUCACAAGCAAAGGAGAGCCGCUCCCCCGACCAAGGACAGCCCGAUGCUGGAAUCCUCAUUGGCGGCCAGGGCGGCACUAGGUACAUCGAUGAUCGGAUCUGGGUAGGCCUGGGCGGUCAUGCAAUUGCACGCGGCGUUGAAGAAGCUUUUGCGGGGCAUAGGGAGACAUCAGAUGCUGAAGCAAUUCUCGCUGAUCCGCUGAGCGCCACAGCAUUCACUCCUUCGCAUCAACCCCUCUUUCGCUUUCAUCCUGCUCACGAAGAAGCGAUGUACCUCUGGAAGACCCAUCUGGACCGCGUGGAGCCGAUCUGUAGACUGCUUCAUAUACCCACUGCAGCUCAGCUGAUUCUUACUCGCUCUCAGAAUUCGCAAUUGCUCUCGCCAGCUGAAGAAUGUCUGCUUUUUGCGAUCUACCAUUUUGCGGUUCACUCUUUGACAGACGACGAAUGUCGACGCCAGUUUCCGCACACGGAACGCGACGUGCUCUUGGAGCGGUUCAGCUUCGCCACUGAGCAAGCACUUGUAAACGUCGGGUGGCUAGCAACUACCGACCUCACAGUCCUUCAGGCCGUGGUAUUGUUCUUGCUUGCUUCUAGGCACAAGCAUGACCCCAACUCAUACUGGAUCUUAACGGGAGCUGCUAUGCGGAUUGGACAACGGCUUGGUGUACAUCGCGAUGGUGAGAGGCUUGGUAUGCCUCCGUUCGAGGUCGAAAUGAGGCGACGGCUCUACUACCAGUUAUUGCCGCUUGAUGGUGCUGCAAGUGCCGCAUCAGGUGCUGGCAUCACUCCCAUACCCGAGAGCUGGGACUGCAAACCGCCCCUAAACAUCUCUGAUGCUAAUCUACAGCCCGGAAUGCCCGGUCCACUCGUCGAACAAAGAGGAGCUACAGAGAUGAUGUUUUGUCUGGCCCGCGCCCACCUCGGAUUAUGCUUCUUGAAAGUUUCGAGAGCAACAGCAAAUGGCGCCGGUCAUGAGAUCGUCGAGGGUCUUAUCCAACAGGCAGAAUCAGAAGUGGAGGACAGAUACAUACGCUUUUGCGAUGUUGUCGAUUGCCUCCAUUUCCAAACCAUUUGUUUUGCUCGAGCUGCGAUUCACGCGAUGCGCCUUCGACUACGCCUGUCAAAAUUCAGCUUCACCACGGCGUCCAAUGCAGAGAAGAAAGAGAUUUACGGGCUGACACAGAAGAUCAUGGAUGCGAAUAUUGCCAUGCAUAGCAAUGCAGGCGUGAGAAAGUAUCUAUGGAACGUACGAACGUUCGCAAUCUGGGGGUCGUGGGAGUCUCUCAUCUUCGUCCUGAAUAGCUUGUGCGAGGCAAACAUGCUCGCUGAGGAAGAUCGCGAAGAUGCAUGGCUCCGAAUCCAGCAGCUGUAUGAAAGUCGCAAUCUGUGUGAUUGGAGACAAGUUUUGCAUGUUGCAGUCGGAAGAUUGGCCUUGAAAGCGUGGGAAGCUAGUCCGCCAGGCGGCUGGCUCGUCGAGCCAGGUUUUGUUACGACCAUCAGAGAGAGUUUCGGGUCGUCACAGAAUAAGCCUCGUGCCAGCAACGCCUCUCACGAGGUAACCGAUCCUUCAGCAUCGAACCUUGCUCUUGGCGCCAGCGUGGCGCAACAAGGUACACUGGAGGACGUCGUCGCCGGGGACUUGGACCUUGACUUCAUGGAUUGGACGGCCUGGGAGCAGAUGAUCAAAAAUUAUGGCUGAGCAUUCCAUACCAACCGGUCCUACUGUGUACAUCGACUGGUACCAAGCAAAGGAUACGUGGAGCAUAGCACUCCUCAAUCUGGGAAAUACAAGUUGGCACUCAUUGCAAUCAAUUCGAAGUCGCCGCAUUGCGCUGUAUCGUCAAUGCGAUGGCUCAAUGUAUAACGGAAGCCUGCCAACAGCAAGCUCCACCCACACGCUACACCACGAACACCUGCCGACCGCGAUGCGUAGUCUGCAUCCAUCCCGAGCCCAUUUCGACCAACGAGAC